AUGCAGGGGUCCAGAUGUUACCCAGAGGUCCGAGCCCGGCUUCAGCUCUGGGGCCUUUUUCACCUCCUGAACCGGAACUGGCAGCUGGUGUCAGAGAGGGGAGGACCGGGUCAUGUCGACCCCCCCCAACCCCCCCAGACCGAUAUCUACAAGCACUUCAUAGGCGGGGAUGGCACGGCGAGCAAGACGGCGGCGGCGGUGUCGGGCGCCGCCACCUCGCCGCGGCCGGCCGGGCCGCAGGCCGCCACCCCCCCCGCCUCGGCCCAGUCCCAGAAGGAGCCCUGCGAGCUGUCGGACCGCCAGCGCAAGAAGGUGGCCAAGUACCGGGCCAAGUUCGACCCGCGGGUCACGGCCAAGUACGACAUCAAGGCCCUGAUCGGGCGGGGCAGCUUCAGCCGGGUGGUGCGCGUGGAGCACAAGAGCACGCGCCAGCCGUACGCCAUCAAGAUGAUCGAGACGCGCUUCCGCGAGGGCCGCGAGGUGUGCGGCUCGGAGCUGUGCGUGCUGCGCCGCGUGCGCCACGCCAACAUCAUCCAGCUGAUGGAGGUGUUCGAGACGGCGGAGCGCGUCUACAUGGUGAUGGAGCUGGCCACCGGCGGCGAGCUGUUCGACCGCAUCACGGCGCGCGGCUCCUUCACCGAGCGCGACGCCACGCGCGUGCUGCAGAUGGUGCUGGACGGCGUCAAGUACCUGCACGCGCUGGGCAUCACGCACCGCGACCUGAAGCCCGAGAACCUGCUGUACUACCACCCCGGCGCCGACUCCAAGAUCAUCAUCACCGACUUCGGCCUGGCCAGCAGCCGCAAGAAGGGCGACGAGUGCCUGAUGAAGACCACCUGCGGCACGCCCGAGUACAUCGCCCCCGAGAUCCUGGUGAGGAAGCCCUACACCAACGCCGUGGACAUGUGGGCCCUGGGGGUCAUCUCCUACAUCCUGCUGAGCGGAACCAUGCCCUUCGAGGACGACAACCGCAUGAGGCUGUACCGGCAGAUCCUGAAGGGGAAGUACAGCUUCUCCGGAGAGCCCUGGCCCAGCGUGUCCAACCUGGCCAAAGACUUUGUGGAGCGGAUCCUGACGGUGGACCCGGGCGAGCGGCUGUCGGCGGGCCAGGCCCUCAAGCACCCCUGGAUCGUCAGCAUGGCGGCCUCGUCCUCCAUGAAGAACCUGCAGCGCAGCAUCUCCCAGAACCUCCGCAAGCGGGCCUCCUCCCGCUCCUACAGCACCAAGUCGGCCCAGUCCACCCGCUCCAGCCGCUCCACCAAGUCCAACAAGGCCCGCCGGGUCCGCGAGAAGGAGCUGCGCGAGCUCAACCGCCGCUACCAGCAGCAGUACAACGGCUGAGGGCAGCCGCCCCACCGGCCCGGACCGGCUGGGCCUGGACCACUUGGGCCUGGACCAGCUGGGCCGGAUACACCUGGGCCUGAUCCACUUGGGCCUGAUCCACCUGGGCCUGAUCCACUUGGGCCUGGUCCACCUGGGCGUGGUCCAGCUCGGCCGUGCCUGGCCUGAACUGGCUUGGCUUUGCUCAGUCCUUCUGGGUCUGGCCCGGUUUGGCUCAGUCCGGCCCGGUUCAGCUCCCUCUGGCCCG